AUGAAUACUUUCUUUUUAUCCUUGCUUAGUGGCGCUGCAGCUGGCACAUCCACAGACUUGGUUUUCUUCCCUAUAGAUACAAUUAAAACUAGACUUCAAGCUAAGGGUGGGUUUUUUGCUAAUGGAGGGUACAAAGGCAUAUAUCGUGGCUUAGGAAGUGCUGUUGUAGCAUCAGCGCCAGGAGCUUCCCUUUUUUUUAUCAGCUAUGAUUAUAUGAAAGUGAAAUCAAGGCCAUAUAUCAGCAAAUUAUACUCACCAGGAUCUGAGCAAUUCGUUGAUACAACAACACACAUGCUUUCCUCUUCUAUUGGUGAAAUUUGUGCAUGUCUUGUUCGUGUUCCUGCAGAAGUUGUUAAGCAAAGGACCCAGGUACAUUCCACGAAUUCUUCCUGGCAGACAUUGCAGUCAAUUCUACGAAACGGCAACAAGGAAGGUUUGAGGAAAAAUCUCUACCGAGGGUGGUCUACCACUAUUAUGAGGGAGAUACCAUUUACCUGUAUACAAUUUCCUUUGUACGAGUAUUUGAAAAAGACUUGGGCUAAAGCGAAUGAACAAACCCAAGUGGAGCCAUGGAAAGGGGCUAUUUGCGGUUCAAUCGCGGGCGGAAUUGCAGCAGCAACAACAACGCCACUGGAUUUCCUGAAAACCAGGCUUAUGCUUAACAAAAAAAGCACUUCACUUGGAAACGUAAUCGUUAAGAUUUAUAGAGAAGAAGGCGCCGCUGUGUUUUUUAGUGGAGUGGGACCUCGAACAAUGUGGAUCAGUGCCGGCGGUGCUAUUUUCUUGGGAAUGUAUGAAACUGUUCACUCUCUGCUGUCAAACAAUUUAUCGACAAGUGGAAAAAAGGGAACUUGA